AUGUCUUCUUCCGAUGACCUCGUUGACGGCGAUCCCCCUGUGAUCGACCCUUAUGAGAUUCUCGAGCUCGAGCGUGAGGCCACGGCCGACCAAGUCAAAUCAGCCUACCGGAAGGCAGCACUCAAAAACCACCCAGACAAGGUUUCAGACGACAAAAGAGAUGAGGCCAAGGAAAAAUUCCAGUCCAUUGCCUUCGCAUACGCCAUCCUCUCCGACCCGGCAAGACGCAAGCGCUACGAUACCACCGGCUCAACUUCCGAGUCGAUUGUCGACUCUGAAGGCUUCAACUGGUCCGACUACUACCGCGAACAGUUCCGCGAUGCGAUAUCUGCAGAUGCAAUCGAGAAAUUCGCAAAAAGAUACAAAGGCUCCGACGAAGAGAAGGACGAUGUCCUGCUUGCCUAUGAAGAGCACAAGGGCGACAUGGACAAGAUCUACGAGACCGUUAUGUUGAGCGACGUCCUCGAGGAUGACGAGCGCUUCCGUAAGAUCAUUGACGAGGCCAUUGCCAACGAAGAUGUCCCGCGCUUCAAGCGAUACACGAUGGAGAGUAGACUGUCUAAAGCGGCCCGUGUCAAAGCAGCAAAGGGCGAGGCGCAGGAGGCCGAGGAGUACGCCAAGGAACUGGGCGUACAUGACAAACUUUUUGGCGACAAGAAGACCAAGGGAAGGAAGAGGGCAAAGGACGCCGGCGAAGAUAACCUGGCGGCGCUCAUCAAGAGUAAUCAGCAGAAGCGUGCUGGGUUCCUGGAUGAUCUCGCCGCUAAAUACGGAACCACCAGUCAGCCGAGGAAGGGGAAGAAGAGAGCUGUCGAGGAAGAAGAGCCGUCAGAGGAAGCCUUCCAGGCAGCGGCUGCGCGAUUGAAGAAGACCAAGCCGGAGGAGAGUAAAACCACGAAGGCAGGCCGAAGAUCGAAGCGGUAG